CACUAGUCGGCCGGUGCCGGGAGAAUUAUACUGGAAUCACAGGGCCAGCGGGGUGCAGAUCGAUGGCUGUUGAUUACAUUCUCAAAUAGCAGGAUUAGUAGAAUUAUAGAGGAACAUUACUGUGAGAACAUUUCGGGAAAUUCUUAUGACUUAGAUGUAUGUAUGUUUUCUUUUCUUUUUUUUUAAACACGAAAUAUGUAUGAUUUCAUAAUUUUUUUUUUGUAAUUGUAUCUUUACAAGGCGUGUAACAGAGACUAAAGCUGUAAAUACAGUGGUUUAUGUUCGGGUUAGAUUUUUUAAAAUCUGUUACGCUAAAAUGGUCAUCUUAUGUGUUCAAAUAACCAGGAACGACAAAAAACGAAUCACAGCUAUUGGGGAACGUGUCACUAUGAACGACCAUGUCCUCCAUCCACUAUUUGACGUACUCUCGCCGGCUCAGCUCUUUUCUCGUGGACUUUUCUGAGCUGCUGACCUUUCCUUGCUUGGCGCCUGAGACGUAAAGAAAAUAUUCCGAGUGCAGUAAUGCUUUAGAAAUUAUCAACGUUUUCCUGUGAUUACUUUGCAACCAUUGUUAACGCUCACAGCCUAUGAUUAUUAUACCGUCAUGAACGCUUUCAGGGAGUAGUUAUCAACCCCAAAAUCAUCGUUAAGACGGCAAGGUGACUUUUGUCGUAGUGUUACUCCAACUAAAUUUUCAAAAACAUUUUCAAGGACAUUUUUUAAAACCAUAUUUCAGAUUCACGUUUUGACAAAGACUGACAAAAAUUGUUCUUGAUUGUUUACUUCUAGACUUCUAGUGAACGCCGCUAUCCAUUAGAAUGUAUAAGAAAUACAAAGAGUCGCUGAGGACGUCCGCUGUUACGGUUCACGGUGCACUGGGAUUCAAAAGACUGCUGAACAAUGCGGGUUUGUACACGUUAUUAGAAUAAUGAAUAGCAUGACACAUUUUUUAGCUUUCAUCUCGUUUCCACAACAUGAAACGCUGCCCCAACGAAGUCAAUGACCCAAUUCCACACACACACACACACACACAUGAAAACUAAAGCGGUACCUGAGGUCAUUAAGGUUCGAGCUCUCGCAUCAUUCUCACGCGUGCAAAACGAGCACUGACUUACUGAGACGCCGCUUCUUUGUCGGCGGUUUACAGAUGACGAUGUUGUUUAAGAUGCAUGGUCACGGCAACACCUAAACAUCUUGAGCACGAAUGUUGACUCUUUCAACAUAAGCCUCCCUGAACAAAGAUAGCUUAUUUGUGAUUCUGUCAACGUAAGCCUCCCUGAACAAAGAUAGCUUAUUUGCGAGUCUGUCAAAAAUAAGCCUCCCUGAACAAAGAUAGCUUAUUUGCGAUUCUGUCAACAUAAGCCUCCCUGAACAAAUAUAGCUUAUUUGUGAGUCUGUCAACAUAAGCCUCCCUGAACAAAGAUAGCUUAUUUGUGAUUCUGUGAACAUAAGCCUCCCUGAACAAAGAUAGCUUAUUUGUGAAUCUGUCAACAUAAGCCACCCUGAACAAAUAUAGCUUAUUUGUGAAUCUGUCAACUUAAGCCUCCCUGAACAAAGAUAGCUUAUUUGUGAGUCUGUCAACAUAAGCUUCCCUGAACAAAGAUAGCUUAUUUGUGAAACUGUCAACUUAAGCCUGCCUGAACAAAGAUAGCUUAUUUGUGAUUAUGUCAACAUAAGCCUCCCUAAUCAAAGAUUGCUUAUUUGUGAAUCUGUCAACAUAAGCCUCCCUAAUCAAAGAUUGCUUAUUUGUGAUUCUGUCAACAUAAGCCUCCCUAAUCAAAGAUUGCUUAUUUGUGAAUCUGUCAACAUAAGCCUCCCUGAACAAAGAUAGCUUAUUUGUGAAACUGUCAACUUAAGCCUGCCUGAACAAAGAUAGCUUAUUUGUGAUUCUGUCAACAUAAGCCUCCCUAAUCAAAGAUUGCUUAUUUGUGAAUCUUUCAACAUAAGCCUCCCUAAUCAAAGAUAGCUUAUUUGUGAAUCUGUCAACAUAAGCCUCCCUAAUCAAAGAUUGCUUAUUUGUGAAUCUGUCAACAUAAGCCUCCCUAAUCAAAGAUUGCUUAUUUGUGAAUCUGUCAACAUAAGCCUCCCUAAUCAAAGAUUGCUUAUUUGUGAAUCUGUCAACAUAAGCCUCCCUAAUCAAAGAUUGCUUAUUUGUGAAUCUGUCAACAUAAGCCUCCCUAAUCAAAGAUUGCUUAUUUGUGAAUCUGUCAACAUAAGCCUCCCUAAUCAAAGAUUGCUUAUUUGUGAAACUGUCAACAUAAGCCUCCCUAAUCAAAGAUAGCUUAUUUGUGAAACUGUCAACUUAAGCCUCCCUGAACAAAGAUAGCUAAUAUCUGAGAGAGGUCAUAAAAAAAAUUAAUGACAAUAACUUAACCCCCUAACACCCAUCUCCAUAAUCCUAUAACAAAGGUUCACACACAACUUUGAAAGCGUCAGCCCGGUGUUGUGCUGGAUGAUGAAAAUAUUAAGACAAGUAAACGAUUUCAACCUCGUUCAAAAAUUUUAAGGGCUGCACACACGCAUGUUUCAUAUAAAUGUAGAUCUUCCUUAAUUAUUGAUAUUUCCCAAGACUACCACACUUAAAUAAAAUAUGUAUUUGUCUAUAUUUAUUAUUUUGCCAUUUUAAAAAACUGUUAUUUUGAUAUUCACAAAGUCCCAUCAUUUUACCAUCGACAAAAGCCCCAUCAUUUGACAACUCACAAAAGCCCUAUCAUUUGACCAUUGACAAAAGCCCAAUCAUUCGACAACUCACAAAAGCCCCCUCAUUUGAGCGUUCACAAAAGUCACGUUAUUUUGUUAUUUUCCCCGUUCGUUAAGCAAUAAGAAAAAAACCUCAUUGUUUUACACAUUCACAGUCUAUUCUCAAGACACAGUGGACACCAAAAGCCAAGGAAGGGCUAAAGACACAAAGGGUGACGGAGCAUCUGCAGAAGCGUCCCAAGAAGAAUACAUAGAAGAUGCGAGGGAAGCUUUGAAAGAAAUAAAGCACCAACAGGAGGCUGAACAACUUUUAAAGGAAAAUCUUCACUUGGCUGGAACGUUCCUAAAAGGAAUCAACUGUUUGAAGAGCAUAAAUUCAUCCGAGCCCCUUGCAGAACAACUAAAGCUCUUCCAAGAUGAGUUAUUUAACAUUACGGAGGAAAACAUGUCUGCGGUUGUUGAGUUUCUUAACGCCAUCUCAUUUGGUAAGAAGAUUUUUAAGAAGUACAGAUCAACUCUGAAAGCUCUGAGCAUGGAUCACUUUGUAGAUGAUGAGGAAAACACCGGAGUUGAAGAGGAAGUGGGAGAGGAUGGCUAUGAAGAUGAAAAUGAAGAAUACUACGGCUAUGUCGAAAGUGAGGACCAGACAGACAUGGAAGAAUGGCAAGACGAGGAAGAGCAAGGGGAGACAGAAGGACAAGGAGAGGAAGAGCUUGGAGAGACAGAAGAGGGACAAGACGUAGAUGACCAAGACGUGUUAGGACAGGAAAUAGAAGACCAAGAAGUAACAGAAGAGGGUGAGGAAGGAGGGUACGAAGGAGAGACAGAAGGGGGACAAGAAGAAGAAGACUAUGGAGAAACAGUAGAUGGUCAGGAGGAAGAACACCAAUGUGAGAGUGAAGAAGAGUUUGGUGUGGAAGAUUAUUUAGACGUAGGGGCUGAAGAUCGGCAAGUGACCAUGGAAGUUCUUCGCUGUAUACGGAAUCUUUGGGGGUCACUGUCAGAAAACGAUAAGUUCUCCUCAAAAUUGGCAGCGGAUGGAGUUUUAAAAGUGUUGGUUGGUGACAUUGAAACUCGAAGUAAUGAUGUUGAUACUAAAUUAGUAAGAAAUUUUCCUCUUUACGAAAGUUCAUUUUUUAAAUUUAAAUUUAUUUUAAUGUUGAAAAGCCAAGCAAUAUAAACAGCUAUCAUGACCCAAUUUCAAUCCGCACACAAAAAAUAAAUUUUGCGAAAUAAGAUACUUUAAUUUGUAUUAAAUUUUAAAAAUUAUUUUUAAUAGGUCUCAAACGAUAGUUUUACUUCGACUCUAGCAACUAUAUUCAACAUUGCGAGACAGUCGUCAGCAAGAGACCAGUUUAAGGAAUAUCAAGUUGUUGAUAAAUUAAAGAUCUUUCUAGACCGCCCAAGUGGUUAGUCUUUAUGCAAUCUGUUGGUGUUUAUUUGUUUAAUAACAUAUUCAAGCAUUAAAUUAGAUUGUGUGUUUAAACCCUUUUUUAAAUUACAUCAUAAAGUUUGAACAUUUAUUUAAAUGAUUUAUAUUACAUGUAAUUAUAUCAAAGAAUUUGUAUUACAUGUAAACAAGUCACAUAAUUUAUAUCACACGUAAACAGGUCACAUAAUUUAUAUGACAUGUAAGCAUGUCACAUAAUUUAUAUUACAUGUAAACAAGUAAAAAAAAUGUAUAUUAUGUGUAAAUAUGUCACAAAAUAUAUAUAACAUCUAAACAUGUCACAUAAUUUACAUUACAGGUAAACAUGUCACAGAUAUUUUAUUUCUGUUAAUAUGUUUCCUUUAGGCUUCUUUCUUUCUUUCAGUUUCUUACAUCGUCAUUUUGACUUUGGCUUUAAUUAUUGACGAUAACCAGAAGGACGUCAUAACAAUGACCAACGCUACGUUUCAUGACAUCAUGAAAUCUGCACGAACAGCGUGGAAGGCAAAAGAUAAACAAUAUGCUGGAUGGAGGUAAUCGAUAAGUAGAUAUUGAUAAACAAUAUGCUGGAUGGAGGUAAUCGAUAAGUAGAUAUUGAUAAACAAUAUGCUGGAUGGAGGUAAUCGAUAAGUAGAUAUUGAUAAACAAUAUGCUGGAUGGAGGUAAUCGAUAAGUAGAUAUUGAUAAAUAAUAUGCUGGAUGGAGGUAAUCGAUAAGUAGAUAUUGAUAAACAAUAUGCUGGAUGGAGGUAAUCGAUAAGUAGAUAUUGAUAAACAAUAUGCUGUAUGGAGGUAGUCGAUAAUUAUAUACCCCUUUUAACCAAGCAUACAUAAUUGAGUGCAAUAUUGGGAUGACUGCGCUCAGGUAAAAGCAGUAGGAAAUUUAAAAAAAACAACAUAUUGUUGGGUAAACCCCUGACAAAAACGAAAUGAAACAGCAAACGAGAGAUGGCAAGAAGUCUUCUUUGAAAACAUCAGGGUUGAAAUAAGGCAAAUUUAAAAAAAAAAUAAAAAUAUUAAUCAAUACUCAUAUUUAGGAAUGUAUCAGAAAACAGUUAGAUGAUGAACGUGUACUCGGAUUAAAUAAGGGAAUUAACACAUGGAGAAGGGGAAUAAAAAUGUGAAAGGAACUAAACUAUAAUUAGUUGUUAAAACUAUCCAAAAAGAAAAAAACAAAGUUGGGGGAGGGGGGGAGGGGGGGAGGAGGUUAGCAAAGGAAAGAAAACAUGACAUUCAAUCACGUGGUGUCUGGCUCUUAUAUAGGUAUAUCGGUUGGCUAGAGGAGGGGUAGCCUUUAUAAAACAUACUUGUCGCCUUUGUGGUCACGUGUCGGAAGUCAGAAGAGUCGGCGCAUUGCUUAUCUUGAGCGGUGUUGCGAAUGUGUUCACUGAUACUGUCAGCAAGCCGAAGAUUAGUCUCACCAGCAGCAAAGCACAUAUACACGCAAUGGUGAAAAGAACGUUGCGACUUAUACCGUAUUCUAUUUGAAAAUACCCUUAUGAAGUCAAUGUGUUGAGUUUGAAUGGUGUACGGACAGGUCUCUUCCACAUUCACAAUGCUUAGUCCCAAAGUGGGAGGCAUCGUUCGGAGGUCGCCUCAAUAAGUCUGGGGGAAGGCGUACGGCCGGUCAUACCAUUAAAUAAUGUCAGAUCGCGACCAGCAUAAAUGGAUGAAAAUUCACAUAUAUUUUUAAUUGUUUUACAACUUAUUUUUUUCCCUUAGAUUACGCGAGCUCCUUCUAGCACUGUGUGGGUUAGCUAAAAAUGACGUCAGGAAGAAGCUGAUGGUGCAGAGAGGCGUGCUUACGUUGAUCUGCAAUGUGCUGAUGGAUGAAAACGAUCAUGCUAAAGAGGAAGCAACCAAAUUGUUGUGGGAGCUCUCCUUUCAUGAAGAAAACAAGGGUGUUAUUGAGGUUAGAUCAUUUUUAAUGCCAGAAUUUAACAAAGAGAUACUUUUCCUAUUGAGCAAUAUUUUUUUUAAAUGUUUUAAAUAUAACCUUUCUAUUUCCAUUUAAGGAUAAAUAUGAAAAUACUUUAUUCCAUUGUUUCAGGGUUAUUAAUUUCUACAUGUAAAUGUAGUAGAUAUUUCCUUUCAGAAAAACAAACCAUUAAUGAAUGCCGUCAAGGUACUGACAUCUUGUCCGAACAAAGAAACUGUCAGAGCUGCACAGGGUGUCUUGUGGAGUAUCGAAAGUCACAAAAGUGCAGCAAAAACAGGUUUCUCAAAACUUUAUUGACAAGUUUUUGUCAGGUUAAAUUCCAGGAAAAAAAGAUUUCUAAGCAUGUGAAACUGAUUACUGCAUCUAGUAAAGUACUAGCUUUUUGUGCCCUGCUCUAUUUAACUUCGUGAAAUUGUUGUGUGUUCUUUGUUCAUCUUUUUAAUAAGGAUAAAUUUGAUGAAAUAUAGUUUGAACAAAAUAGAAUAUAUUAAGAAUGCUUUUUCUAUUAAGUUUUUUUUCUGAAUAAAUUCCUAAAUAAUUUCUUUCAAGAAAAUCUGUAUCUGACUCUGGUAACAUGUAAAAUAUUACUUUAAUGCAUGUAAAUCAACAAAGUAAAAAAUUUGAUAAAACACUAAUUUAAUAUUUUUUUUCUUUCAGUUUCUGUUAAUGAGAAAAUUGAAGGUCACAUUAUGAUCAGCUACCAGUGGGCUGACCAGCCAGUACUGAUCAAGGUAACGGAAUAAAAGGUUUAAAAAAGAAACUUAAAACAAUUUGGGAACCGUCAAGACAUCCUUUGUUUAAAUAGCAACAUAUUUUUUAAAUUCAAUAGUUUGAGGGAAAUGAGAUGUGCUGGUGCCAGUAAAAUAUAUCAUCCUAAUUCAGAGUUUAGAUUCAAUACUUAAAAAAUAGAUCUGAAUUUCGAAUGCUUAUCCAUUGCUAUGCAUCUAUUUUCUUGAUAUGUUGAUGGUAACGGAAAGGAGUCUUAUAUUUUCUAUCGUUUUUUUAACGUCAGUGACUGCGUUUUGUCAUUCUUUUUUGUACGAAUAACAAAACGCAGUCAUUGACGUUAAAAAAAAUAUGUAUGUAUUUUAAACAUCUCAUCACUUCGAUUUGUUUUAUGCGAUCUUUAUUUGAUCGUAACAUAGUUCUUAUUCUGUUACAUGAAAUUAAAUUGAAUUAGAAAAUGACAAGAUUUAUUAAAACAUGGCUACAGGUACGGGAAGAGCUGCAGAAAGCGAAUUUCAAAACAUGGAUGGACCUGGAUGACAUGGAGGGAUCCACGAUGAGCGCCAUGGCUGAAGCCGUCGAUAACGCAGCCGUCGUUUUAAUCUGCAUGUCCGAGAAAUAUAAAGAAAGCCAAAACUGCAGAGCGGGUGAGUAUUGAUUUAUCGAUAUAAAUCUAUCGCUAAGUGUAUUUAAAAUGAAAAAAAUAAUUGCGCUUUAAUUUUAAAUUUCAAUUUUUGUAUUUUUUUUUUACGAAAUAAUCGUUUUUAAACGUUACGAAUAUUUUAAAAAGGAAAUAUUUCUGAGUAAAGACCGCACUGGCUUUUUACUCUAUAUUUAAGGUUAUUUUUUUAACUAGGGGAGGGGGGGGCAGUUGCGUAGCGAGAGUGUUUGGCGCCCGGGUACGAUAUUCAUUUUAAGCGUUCCCUUUUCUUUUUUACAACUCUCAAACCCAUUAUUUUCAUCAAUAAAAUAAUAUCAAAGCACAUUUACGUGCCCUUAACUAGCUGGCGCCCGGGGACAUCUGCCCCCCCUGUGUCCCCACCCCCCUUUCGCAACGCCUUUGGGUGGGGGCCUACAUUUGGGAAUUUUCAAAAAUAUAAAAGAAAAUAUUUUUAAAAUUAGCACAAACAAUUAGGUUGCGGCCUUUACUGAGAAAAAUACGGCAAUUCCAGCGAGUUUAUUCUAUUUAACAGAUUAUAUGACAUAACAUUCAAUUGUUUUUUUUUUUCUCUUGGUCACUCCAGAAGCUGAGUACACGUAUAAACGGAAGAAACCAUUCAUUCCUCUCCUCAUGCAGCGUGGUUACGAGAGUACAGGUUGGCUUGGCUUGAUGGUUGGCACGAGGCUGUUCUAUGAAUUCUCUAGUAAGGCUUAG